AUGAACAAUGGGAAUGGCGCCCGUAGCGCAAGAAGCUCCCCGAGCGACGACGGCGACGGUGGAAACGACGAAGACCACACUGCUAAGCUGUCUGGUGGUAACUCACGCUUGAACGAGGAGUCGAGCAAUUCGGCCUUGCAGCGUGUUAAAAGUUUGACCCAGCGCAAUCGUCUGGUUCUAAGUAAACUGGCCUCAAUAUCUUCUGGCUCUCGUCUUUCUACACCGUCUCCGACAAAUGUGACCCGACGUUCACCUUUACAGUCUGCUACUACUGCUUCAACUUCCACUGCGCCCUCUUCACGUUUAACAAGGAGACGUUCAGAGUCAAUGUCACGGGCGUCAGGCUCGGAGACAGAACGUGAAAACGCAAAUGGAAAUAAUGCAGCUUCUGAUUCAGAAGGCUUGUCAGAGACGCCGACUUCGACGACUGGAAGUCAUUUUCGAUCCGCGAGUAUGGCAGAACGACGGACAUCCUCUUCUGCUUUUGGCGAGUCCAAAUCGGCUUUCUUAGAUCGUUCAGUACGAGAGCGGUCAGCUGAACCAAGUGAUGUGUCCAAACAACGCACAAGACCCGAAAGUCGUGCCGAUGAUAUCGAAGCUGCUGCACUUGCAGCGGUGGCUCAGUCUCGGCGUGACAGUCCCAUUGACGCAAGGCGAAGACAACCAUUGCCUCGCGAAUUCCUCGGUGGAGGAGGUGGUGGUAAUGGUGAAUCUUCUACACAAUUUCCUCAAACACCGCGACGAGAACGUACUGUUUCGGGUGCAUUCUCAGCUCAGGACUCGCCCUCGUCUUCCCGUGCAACACUCCACGACUCUCCGAUGACUCCGAGGACACGAGCUCAGAGAUUCUCGUCGAUACGAGAAAUUACACGUAAACACCAAACACGAUGGUUGUCACAGGACAUGUCUCCUCUGAAGAACGGAUCGGACGAAGAGGCUCCAUCUCCGUCCCGUCGGGUUAUUAAUGGUGACAGUCCAAGACGCAAUUUUGUGGGAGAGAGCUUGCGUGCUGCGGGACUAGUCAAAUUACGGGAGGAAGGUGGUGAAGAUGUUUUCGGCGAGGGCGGCAGAAGACUCCGUAUUAGCAGUGAAGUUGGUGCACGACCCUUGACGAGUCGGCUAGAACCUUCUUCAAGGCCUGGUACACGAUUCAGCGAGCGUCCAGCGAUUUCUGAUAACGAACGUCACAUUGAGCCUCGCACACCCGCCAAUCCGACAUACAUUGCGCAACGGAAUGCCCAAACUGCAAAAGCCGAAAGGCCAUCAACUUCCAUGGCAGCAUAUCGCGAGGAGCCGCGAACGGCACCUCCCGCACUGCGUACCUACAAUUCUGCGUACGUAAUAACAUCUGAUCGGGAUAGAGACCGGCAAGUUGGCGAUGUAUCUUCUCGUCCAUCAUCUCAAGUUCGCAACUAUGGAAAUGUCUCGUCCGCAGCUGGUGAACGCAGUGGCUCAUCCGCUGCAGUUGGACGCUCGACUGCUAGUCCACAUAACCUGUCUUCUGCUGCUGGGGCGGAUGUUGUGCCAGAACAUACGCGUUUGAUGCUGGAGUCUCUGGGAAUGUUCGAAUCUCAAUUAUCUCGACUGCCCUCGUUAGGAAACACGACAAUGGUGACCAUCCCUGAAUUAUUCCGCUCAGCACAAAACAUCGUUCAUGCCGCCGAUGCAUUGAACAACAUGCUUCGGAGGGGCAAUUCGCAUGCUCUCGACGAGCAGAUUGAUGCAGAACUUGGGGAGGAUGGUCGAGCAGUUGACCUCGUUAGCCUUUGGAGGGACGUCGGAGCAGACUAUAGAGAGAGCGUCCGUGUGAGCGAUGAACUUGUAAGAACAAUGACGUCCUUCCUUCUGGGGGUUGGAAAAGUUCUGCGCGAAUCGGCGGCAGAAAGCAUGCAUAAUCGGACAGCGUCCCUUGACGACGGUGCAAUGCGGCGACGUACGCCAGAGGUCGGUCCAAGCGCUGAUGGUCGCAAGUCGGAAAGUAGUAGACUAUCCUCUGAAGGGAAUCGUAGCAGUCUGGAUGGUAAGACCCGGUGGAACGCCUCGUCGGGUGAGAUGGGGAGAACGACGACGUCCUUCACGUCCCUACACAGUGCAUCAUCUACGUCCUCUUUCCGACCCGCGACGAUUUCGAAGGCACUUGCUGACGCAGAGCUUGGCCAUAGAUCGUCGGACUCUAUUGGCGAUAAUGAAUUAUCAUCUCGGAAGUUGAACAGGUUAUCACUCACAGGCUCGCGGCAUCUAGACUCCCUCCAAGACUUGCGUGACUCCAAGGCACGUACUAACCAGUAUUCAAAUGCGGAUGAUGACCCGGUGGAUUCGCCCUCCGCGGCUGCUACGGCCCGACACCAGGGAACUCUCCCGCGUCGUUCCAACACUGUUGCUGUUCCCCCUGCCCUACCAACGCUUGUUUCUGAAUCACUCCUCUCCCGACGAACAUCAGAAAAAGCAUCUACUGUCAGUCGGCGUCCAAAGACUUCGGGUCCUGGUAGUCGAGCGGCAACUUCACUGUUCCAGACGUUAUCUGGGACGGCAGAGCCGACAAUUGCAAUCAACAAGACGCAAGCUUCUCCUGAACGUCCUAGACACGCACCUACGUCUUCAAUGUCUCGUACGUUCUCACGAACCGGUGGAGCGGCAGCCGCAGGUUUGCAGGAGCAGAUAGAACGCGACGUUCGGAAACGCACGGUCUCAGGGAGUUCUGCAGUUGAGUCUGAGGUACAAUCUGUUCGCAAUUCUUCGGAUAUCGAGCGAGUGGAGCGUCGUCCUCGAGCUUCGCUAGAUAGCAACAUCAGUGGAGCGUCCUCGACGCGUUUUUCGCGUGAUCGGAGAGGCACAGUUACCAGUCUGUUCUCUAGAUCUUAA